UGAAGUUAACUGUGUUCCGGCAAAGUGACGUCAUCGAUAUUGACAUCAUCUCGAAUUUGUGUCGAAUAAAAUAUCAAAAAUGUCGUAUGCUUAUCUAUUCAAAUACAUAAUUAUAGGAGAUACAGGUGUGGGGAAGUCCUGCCUCCUUUUGCAGUUCACCGAUAAACGGUUUCAGCCCGUUCAUGAUCUAACAAUUGGAGUUGAAUUUGGUGCUCGUAUGAUCACCAUUGAUGGGAAGCAAAUCAAACUACAGAUUUGGGACACAGCAGGACAGGAAUCUUUCCGAUCUAUAACGAGGUCAUACUACCGCGGAGCAGCUGGCGCUCUUCUAGUCUACGAUAUCACGAGACGAGACACUUUCAACCACUUAACAACAUGGCUCGAAGAUGCCCGCCAGCAUUCAAACUCAAACAUGGUUAUAAUGCUCAUCGGUAAUAAAAGUGAUUUGGAAGCAAGGCGAGACGUGAAGAAGGAAGAAGGUGAAGCGUUUGCCCGAGAGCACGGUCUCAUCUUCAUGGAGACGUCGGCGAAGACGGCCGCCAAUGUAGAAGAGGCAUUCAUCAACACAGCAAAAGAAAUCUAUCAGAAGAUUCAAGAUGGCGUCUUUGAUAUAAAUAAUGAGGCUAAUGGUAUCAAGAUAGGCCCUCAACAUUCCCCGGCUAAUCCUAAUAUGGCGGCGAACAGUGGCGGCGGUGGCCAGAGCGGAGGAUGCUGCUAGAUCAAAGACUGGCGCUGGUUCCGCAGCCAAACAAACAUUCUAUCUAAAUCAAGGGACUAUUUAUAAUAUCGCCAACGGAUAUUUCCAGCAGGGUAUCAGUUCUAAAAGAUUGUGUGCCAAAUCAAGUAGUUGGACAAGUGUUCUUUGUGCAAAUUCACAGGAUUAUACUUGCGACUGUUGGUGAUGUUCUUUAUAUGCAUGCGGAAAUUCAGAAGGAAGGAUUACGCCAAGGAAAUCACCGGCAGCCACUGAGGCCCCCUUUGGACUUGUUGAUGCUUUAAUAAGGUGUGGAUAGACUUUCUCCACAGUGCCCAGUCAAUACAACCCUAUUGCUUGGGGGAAUAGAUUUCCGUUAACAACAAACCCGCCUGUAUGCCGCUUUAAAAUUAGUUUGGGAAAAAGAUGCAUCUGCCAGUCUAGUCUUGUUUCUUCAUUUAAAAAAGACCUAAAGUCUAUUCAGCUGCCCUCUUCCUCGUUCCUUUACCUGCUACAUGCUGUUGCACCAUCUUCUCCAUGUACAACGAUGUGCUAUAUUUUUGAAAAAUAUUCGUUCAGCUUAGAAUAUCUUGUUCCUUUUUAUGCCUACAUGGCUCCAAGCCGUAGAAACUUGUUGAACUGGUUAAGCUUUUGAAGUGCAAUAUUUUUUUUUCUCGGUGGCCUCUGGUAUUAAUUCAAAUUGAAGUAAAAACACGCUUCAAUUGCAAACUUGAGAAGAAUAAAUUAUCUUUGUCGCUAGAAAGGAAAUUUUUGGAGAUGUUUGUGCUAAAUUUGGUGUCCGACAUUUGCUGUCUAUCCUUGAAGUGAGAGGAUUAAUUUCAGUUCAGGCGUAUUUUUAGGACAGACAGUGCAGUUCACUAAAUACAUUAUGCUAAUUCAUUGCUUUCACCCCUGAAAUCAAAUUAGAACAUUCCUUCUUGCCUAUGAAAGUAUACUUCUGAAUGAAGUUGUUUGAUUGUUAGGGGUAGUCGCCUGAAAAUUUAAAUUGAAAGAACUGAAUCUGCUGGAAAUAUUCUUGAAACUCUUUGGAGUAAAAGUAUGGAAAUACAACACAUAUUUUACGAGUGGUUGUUUCGACUGAGACAAGACUCUUGCAAUUGAAUGGGAAUUUUGUCUAGACCCUGAAGUGAGCGUCUGUAUAAACCAGUCAGACUGAUACCAAAUCCACCUGAACCAUGAAGGGUUGAUGAGAACUUCCUGCUUUUCUAUGAACUCCCAUGGUGAGGCCACAAUUCUGACCUUGAAAUGAAGUCGUCAUCACAUGGCAGGUGUAAAGGAAAAUUAUUUUGUCGGCUUGCUCGUUUAUAAUAUUUGAGACGUGUGAGUCAUAUUGUCACGACAUAAGGUUGGAACGCAGCUGUUAUCGAAGCUACAGUACUUGUAUCUAUAUCAAAAUGUGUGUUGUAUUUGACCAUGUGUCUUUUGUUGAUUUUGCAGUUUGUAUUUGAUACAAAACACAGCCAAGCGUAUAGAAUGAUCUAAAUUAUUCUGUAAGCUUGGCUUCAAGUAUGAGAUCCGUAGUUUGUAUUGAAAACAGUUUCUGUGUAACAUGUAUACUGCCCAUGUUAUGUUAUAAACAAUGAAUGUUGUUCAAAACAUGUUUCGAAUAUGGCAAUGCAACAUGUUUUGCAAUCAAGAAAAAAAGGGAAUCUUUCGUUAUGAUUAUAUGUGAAGUAAAUGAUCUAUUGAUUCCAAUUCAUGUUCAUUGGGCUGUUCUUUAUCCAGUCUCUUGUGUGAUUGGUCAGUGAUUGAUCAUGUGACCUCAUGCAAGAUUCUCGGCGCUAUUCUUGCAUACUGUACACAUCUGUCAGUUUUGUUCAUUCCGUAGGUGUGAAUAGAAGUUGAUUUAAUUUAAGAUUCACCCUUUCGUAUCCUAUGUAAGAAUUAUGUGAUAUAACAGGUCAAAAAUGUUGCAUGUACAUGUAGGAACCUCUUUUCCAGUUUCUCCAUUAAAUGAUAUACAGUGUAACCUCCCUUAGCGAACACCUCUCUAUUUAGGACCACCUCUCUAUUAAGGACACUAGUUUUGGUCCCAAACUGGUUGUUUCCAUUCAAUUUGACCUUUCUUGUGUUUCUGUAUGUGAAAUAACAGAAGGUUAGACCUUCAUUUUCUCAUGAAAGGAUCAGCCAUCCUUCCGAAGUGGUGAGGAGUGAUGCAAUACCAAUAUUGAAACAGCAUGACCAAUAUCUUCAAAGGAUUUUAAAAUAUUCUCUCACGGAUACGAAAGGGUCAAAAUUAUCAUUGUCUGAUGAUGAAUUUAAUAUAUAGAUAUAAAUAUAAAGUUAAACAUUGAUGUAUUGUAGUCGCACGGUGUAAAUAUUGCUAUUUGAUUCAAACUUCCGAAAUGUUCUUCACAUUAUUCCCUCUAUCAUAAUCAUGAACAUUGUUAACCCCACUCUGAAUAUUUUGAUGUUUUCAGUCAAUAUAUUGUUGUUAUACACUUCCUUGACACUACUGACUGACAGUACCCCACAUCUGAAUACCGAAACAUUUUAACAAAAACAAUUGCAUAGAAAGAUUAUGUUGAAAAUCAGUCGGUGUUAACACAAAAACAAUGAGAGUCACAGCAGAAGAGUUGCAUUUACUUGAAAAGACCUAAGUGGUUUGGGUACCUAAACUCUUCACAAAGCAUAUUGUUGGCUGGCAUACAACCAAGAUAAUCAGGGUACUGAUAGUCUAAACGAUUGUUAACUGAAGCACUGAGAAUAUUUUUCUAAAGGGUUCAUUGUCUCCUUGUAACAUUUCAUAAUGCUAAUCCUCCUUGAAAGAUUCUAUUGGCACCAUACUGUAGUGCGCUGCUAUGAAAAUUAUUUAUGGGGAUUAUAUUCUCGCCAUUGAUGUCAAAUUGUCAUCCCCACUGUGUGUUAUGUUGCCCAAUUUGUGCAGCAUCUUGUGGUCAUCGUCUUCGUGUAAUACUAACUGGUUUAGAAGAUGAGUUCUCAAGAACUAAAAUACAAAAAAUACAACUAAGAAAUCUUUGGAAUAAUAGAUUGCUUUCUUGUGCAUUGUGCUUCUGAUUCUGUUAUAAAUAGAGUCAUUCUAUAAAACUUGGACCUUUUGAGCUUGAAUAUUGUUCAGAUUUGUGCAUUUAUAGAUAAUGAGAUGCGUGUGUGUGUUUGAAAUAUUGUAAUUUUGAAGAACACAUUGUCUUCAGUUCUAAAUAGUUGUUGGGUUAGCAGGUCCCUGCAAUGACCAUUGAUUGACGUGUUACGAAUAUUUUAUCCUGCAAAAUUUUAAUUUUCCUUGACAAAUGGGUAGUCAACGGGAGGAAGGGAUUGAUGCCUGUUUUCCUUGUUUCAUUCCUCCUUUCAUAUUAUGAUGUCAAUCCCAGGAAUUGAUGCAUGCUUCGUCAAUCUUUUCUAAUAUCUGUAGAAUUCAAUGGCCAUACAUGUACCAGUAACUCUGUCUGAAACUAUUUUCCUUUCGAAUGCUGUACAUACAACUACACGAAGAUAUUUGUCCGAUUCUAUUCAACUCUAUAUUGUUUGUUGUGCAUUGUCUACUAUAGCUGUUUAUUUCUAAACAACAUGUUUCUUUAGAUCAGUUCUAAGUUACCGGUUUGGAAGUUUGAUCGAGUGUCUACCACUAAAAAGUGCUUCGAUUCUAAAGUUGAAAAUCAUUCCCAGAAAUGGGAAUUACGAUUUGCACAUUGGGACUUUAUAUAGUGAUCCUUGACCACCUCAAUUGCGUAAAUUGGUCAAUAAGGUAUUUACCCGCUGAUUGUGUAUCACAACCCAAAGUGAAUCAAGACCCAAUGGAUACUCGAACUUCUGAUAAAAUUUCUGCAGGUAAUGUUGCAGCAAGAUUGAUACGAGUCUAACUACCAUCUGUUGUGGAUAUCAUAACGUUGUUAUGUCAAUAUCAUUUGAUAUGAUAUGGUUUUGUUGUGGUGCCUUCAGGUGGCGCCUCUCUCAUUGUCUUCAUGCCCCUUCGUGUAUUUCUACUUACUGCAAACCGACCAAUUUUCGCAUUGUUUUAGUUCUGGAUUCACAAGAAACAGAAUUUUAAACUUAAAAAAAUUUCGUGAUUUUUCAUCUUUGAGGGAUGUCGACAUUUCUUUCGGUUUUCCAGUAAAAAUAUCAUUUCUCGCGAUAUCUAUUUUUGCAAGUCGAGGUUCAUUGCAAAAAUAAACUCCCGCGAAAAAAUUGGUGGUCUACAGUACGUGAUAACAUGGUCAGCACAUUGUUUCCUAUUGGGUUCUCUUCAUGUUAGAUUUGUCUAUUUCUGGGUGAGACAUGUUGUAUGUGGCUACAUAUAAAUCGAAUGUAACUAUCAGAUAUUCAUCUGAAUAAGCACGAUAAACGACAAAUAUUUAA